AAAAGAGCGAUUGAAAUAAGGAUUACGACUGUCCAGGAAAAGAAAAAAAAAAUAAUAAAAAAAAAUAAAAAUAAAACGGUUUCCCGAAGGAAAAAGAAACCAAAAAUAAAAAAAAGUUUUCUUUUCGGUCUUUCUUCCAUUCUACCUCUUUUUAUUCUUUUAACUACUUGUUGCUAUUUACCAUGCUCUCCACGAGCGCCAACCCAACCGCCACCACUUCGUCACCCUCCCACAGCCCGGAUAUCAACACCAAAUACAGGGAGCUUAAAAGACGUAUCCGAGAUAUCGAAGGCGAAAACGAUGCACUCCAUGUUCGCAUUCACAAGGCACAAAAGAACAUUAAACUGCUCAAACUUGAACGAUCGCUAUUACUCGAUAGAUUGGAAACGAUGCACGUGUCCCCAGCAAGCCUUCAUGAUAACAUGAUGCAUGACGAUACAAUGGAUUUGCAUCUUAAAUCAUCUGCAGGGACCAAAUUACCGAAAAAGAAAAAGGAUCCUAAUGCACCCAAAGGCCCGGGCAACGUCUUUUUCCUUUUCUGUCGAUUAGAAAGAGAUAAGAUCAAGGAUGAAAACCCGCAGGAAAAUCUGGGAGAAGUGACCAAGAUCCUUGGUCAAAAAUGGAAAGCCAUGACCAAGGAAGAGAAACAGAAAUACUACGACAUGUACAAGAAAGAAAUGGAUGAAUAUGAGGAAGCCAUGAAAAAGUACAACGAUCAAUCCGCACCCUCCACCACCGAAAAACCGGCAACAGAAUCUUUUGUCGCAGAACAUGAUGCCAUCAUAGAUGAUGACCCUCUCGAGUAUUCGCAAGCCUCCACACCUCAACACACCGACGAUCACGAUACAUUGUAAACGGAAACCCGCACCUUCGGUUUCGACUGCGUCUUUUAUUAUUGUAUUUAAAACCAAUUUGCUUCUUACAUUUACUUGUCAAAAAUCUAUUUAUUCCACAUACACCUUACAAAAUCGCACUUGAUGGUCCUAUCCACAAAAAUGCACACUCUGCUUCGGCAUCCUGUAUCCCUCGAAAACCACAACUUUAGGUUCCCCCUCCCCUACUAUAAUGAAUAAUACACCUUUUAGAAAGCUAUAGAAUUGGUGGUUCACAAUAUCAAUGGAUGCGCCCUGACAUAUAUCUUUGGAGCAUUGACGGAUAAAAAUCAUUGAUAAUGUUGGCGCAGUGUCGACUUGCUGUAAAAAGAUGGACCA